CUGAAUUUUAGCUUUUGUGUUAUACUUUCUAGUCUUUUAGUUACACUCUGCGUUCUUUCAACCAACGUGAUCCGAAAGAUUACACAGCAUGUUUGAUAAUCUGCACAAAAGUGAAGUGAGCUACUUGGAAUGCGUGCUUGCCGAGGUUGAAUAUGAACUCACAAAGUGCGUGAGUUUCUGGCUCCACAAAGCGGUUGAUUCAAAAAAUGGGGGACUGUUCAAUAUGCUGGAUGAAGUGGGCGGAGUCUACGAUGGGAGGAAGAACUCAUGGCUCAUGGGCAGGGCAGUAUGGACACUGUGUCAGUUAUACUGUGACCACACUCAAUACAGAACUGAAGAGAUUCUCAGUACAGCUAUUUCGGCUUUGACCUUUAUCGAGACCCACAUGCUGGUGAAAGACGGAUCUGGACGCAUGUUUUUCUCCGUGUCAGCCGAUGGCACUCAACCACUCUCAAUCCAGAGGAAACUGUUCGGGGAAGUGUUCUACUGUCUGGCUCUACUGGGCAUGACCAGGGCUACAAAGGAGCAGAAAUAUCUGGACAGAGCAAUGACUCUUCUGGCCACACUGGAAACCUGGUCACGUGGUACGGGCGAGGCGCUAGGACUUCCAGUUGAGACGUUGGGACCCCAAUACAUCCGAGGAGCUCUAUCUGUCAAGAUGAUGAUUCUCAGUCUGUGCAUUGAGGCGGCGAAAGUGAAGCAAAGCAGCCUGCAACUGAAUGCCGAUUUGGAAGAGAUCAGUCGGGUAGCAGAAACUGCAGUUGAGGAAAUCAAACAACAUUCAAAGUGGAGUGAUCAUUUUCAAAAGCAAGUGAUAGUCGAAAAUGUGGGAUCGGACGGAGAGCAAAUUGAAAAUAUGGAAGGCAACGUCAUCAACCCCGGGCAUGCCAUCGAACUAGGCUGGUUUCUUCUUGAUUACCUGGAAAAUUUUGGAAAAACUGACAGCGAGCUUCAUAAACUGGCAUUGGAAGUUUGCAUCAAAAACUUCUUCGAAAUUGGGUGGGAUAAAACAUGCGGCGGUCUUUUCUAUUUUCUUGAUUGUCGGGGAUUCGAUCCGGAGCCAUUGGAAUGGAACAUGAAAUUGUGGUGGCCUCAUUGCGAGGCUUUGAUUGCAUCUUUGCAUGCUUGGCGGGUAUCGAAUGACAACCAGUUCCUGGAUUAUUUCAAACUGACGUGGAAAUACUGCAAAGAACAUUUUGUGGACGGAGUUAAUGGAGAAUGGUAUGGCUAUCUCGACAGAUCUGGAACUGUGGUCAAGCGACAGAAGGGUUGCCAGUACAAAGGAUUCUUUCACGUUCCCAGAUGUCUAUUGAUGACCCAUAAACAACUGGAGAAAAUAAAGAACAAUCUCGAAAAUCGGAUAUUGGUUCAAAUAUAAAUUGAUUUUCUGUUAUAGAACUCAUUUUUGCUUGUUAGAGUCUGGGCUUCUAUAAGCUUUAUUAGCCAAAAAGAAGACCAAACUCCUGCAAACUUGUUUUAUUGGCCUUCAUUGUUACAACCAAUGAAUUUUUGAACAA